ACCACUCACAUGAACUCUGCAUUAAAAACUCUAUCUCUCCUCUCUCCAUCUCUCUCAAAUCGAAAGGCACAGCCCAACUUUUCGCAAGUCGCUGUAAAGUUUGAUUUGCUUCUUUUUAUAUACGCAUACUUCUCCUCCAUACACCAAUCCCUCAGCUCUUUAUUCUAAACCCUAAAACUUUCUCAAAGAAGAGCGAUCAAGAAAUCAAGAAUCAAGAUUUGUGAUCAAGAAGACACCAUUACUCAGAUCAACAUGCUAGCCGUUCACCGUCCUUCCUCCGCCGUACCCGACGGAGACUCCGUUCAGAUUCCGAUGAUGAUCGCGUCGUUUCAAAAACGUUUUCCUUCUCUCUCACGUGACUCCACGGCCGCUCGUUUUCACACGCACGAGGUUGGUCCAAACCAGUGUUGCUCCGCCGUGGUACAAGAGAUCUCCGCUCCAAUAUCCACCGUAUGGUCCGUCGUACGCCGCUUCGAUAACCCACAAGCUUACAAACACUUUCUCAAAAGCUGUAGCGUCAUAGGCGGAGACGGCGGAAACGUUGGUAGCCUCCGUCAAGUCCACGUAGUCUCUGGCCUCCCCGCCGCGAGCUCCACCGAGAGACUCGAUAUCCUCGACGACGAACGCCACGUCAUCAGCUUCAGCGUUGUUGGUGGUGACCACCGGCUAUCUAACUACCGAUCCGUCACGACCCUUCACCCUUCUCCGAUCUCCGGGACCGUCGUUGUGGAGUCUUACGUGGUUGAUGUUCCUCCAGGGAACACAAAGGAAGAGACUUGUGACUUCGUCGACGUUAUCGUACGAUGCAAUCUCCAAUCUCUUGCGAAAAUAGCUGAGAGUUCAGCGGCGGAGAGCAAGAAGAAGAUGUCUCUGUGAUGAGUCUUUGUCGUCGUCGUCGUCAAGUAGUUUCGUUAGAUCCGACGUCGUUUUUCUAGAUUUUAAAAGCCGUCGUGUGAUCUAUGUUUUUCCGGCUUGUGUGUGCAAAGAAAAAGAAAAAAAGGUUAAAUUAGUGAAUUAAAUCUCUCAUGCAUAUGAUUAUCUUCUAUCAUUAUUAUUUACUUCUUUUCAUUUUUGUAUUUCUAUAUUUCCGUAAAGAACUGAUUCGGAUAGCCC